CUGGACCGUACCCCAGAUCUAUGUCGCUAUCUCCAUUAUAUACGUCUUUAUCCGCUACUGAAGUACGGCUGCUCCGAUCGUCAGACACCUUCACUGUCUCCUUAUCAAAAUAAAGUUCUUACGACUUCUCCCCCCUUGGCUGGGGCGAAUCAUUCCCACGACACUACGUCCCACCCCGUUGACAAUGGCAACUCCCGAGACGGCGCCCGCGCCGCAGAACGGCGUCGCCCACCAAGAUGCGCCGGUCACCGUCGCAUCCGAACCAAAGAAGAAGCUCCUUGGAAGAGAAUUCUACAGGAGCCUGGGCAGUCCGAAGUACAUCAUCGCGCCCAUGGUAGAUCGAUCAGAAUUUGCAUGGCGCAUGCUCACCAGGUCCUUCUUGCCCCCAGAGGAGCAGAAGCAGAUUCUCGCCUACUCCCCCAUGUACCACGCCCGUCUCUUCCGCGAACAGGCCAACGUGCGCGCGCAACACUUCCACCCGACCCGCGCCGCCGCCGGCAAAGAGGGCGACGAGUCACUCUUCCUCGAUGGCAACCCGGCUAUCGACCGACCGCUCUUCGUGCAGUUCUGCGCCAACGACCCGGAUGACUUCCUCGAAGCGGCCCGCUAUGUGGCGCCGUACUGUGAUGCGGUGGAUCUGAACCUCGGAUGUCCCCAGGGGAUCGCGAAGCGCGGGCACUACGGCGCAUUUCUCCAGGAGGACUGGGAUCUGAUCUACAAGCUGAUUAACCGUCUGCAUAACGAGCUCCCCAUACCUGUCACCGCCAAGUUCCGGAUCCAGGAGACGAAGGAGAAGACGCUGGAGUAUGCGAAGAUGAUCCUGUCCGCCGGAGCGAGCAUCAUCGCGGUGCACGGACGACGGAGAGAACAGAAGGGUCACAACACCGGUGUGGCGGAUUGGAGCUACAUCCGCUACCUGCGCGACAAUCUUCCUCCGGAGACGGUCAUCUUCGCCAACGGCAACAACCUCAACUACGAGGAUCUGGAUCGCUGUCUGGAAGCCACCGGUGCGGAUGCCGUGAUGAGCGCCGAGGGAAACCUGUCCGACCCCUCCAUCUUCAGCAAGCCCCCUCCCGUCGGCAGUGAAGGCAGGGAUUACUGGCGCGGACGGGAUGGCAAGGGCGGAUACCGCAUCGAUGCCAUGCUGCGCCGGUACCUGGAUGUGCUCUACAAAUACGUCCUGGAGCAGCCGGUCCCCGAGCGGAAGCCCUUGUAUCUACCCUCCGACCCUGUUGAGGAACCGACACAGUCACUGGAGGCUGCGGAGGACGAGGAGGAUGGGCCGCCUAAGAAGAAGCAGAAGCGCGCGAAGCACAAGCGGGCCACUUCUCCCAGUCUGGGAGUGAUGCAGGGCCACCUCUUCCAGCUUCUCCGUCCCAUGGUCUCCGUGCAUACCGACGUCCGUGAUGCGCUCGCAAGAUCCCACCCUGGUGACAUGCCGGCAUUCGAGCAUGUCUUGACACUCGUCGAGAAGGCUGUUAAGAAGGGCCUCCAGGAAUAUGAGCAGUUCCCCGAGCGCUUCGAGCCUAAUCCCGAGGAGAAGCUGACAGGCUCCAAGGCGACGAUCGCGGAAUACGGCCGUCCCUUCUGGGUAUGCCAGCCGCAUAUCCGGCCCUUACCGGAGGAGGCUGUUGAGAUAGGAGCUCUUACCGCUAAGGGGGCUGUCACCAAGAAGAAGGCCAAUGGCAAGACGGAGGAUGCCGACACGACAGGCAGCACCCCGGCUGCCGAGGCGUCUGCCACCCCUGGCGUCACUCCCGGCGCUACUUCUUCUGGGGAAUCGAAGACGGUGUCAGCCUUGACCACGCCCGAUCCCCUGGUGAGCGGUUGAAAAUGAGUUGAUGUUGGAUUUAGUCAUGAUUUCUUUGUCUUCUCUUUGUUUGCGGAGUACGUGGGGCACAAGUCAUAGCAUUUAUACCCAUUCCGGGCAUAGCUUACUGUAUUAUCUUCUGUUUUGUUUAGAUCAUUUAGACCCGUUGAUAGACCACGAGUAUAUACACG